AUCAGGAACUAAAACAGUAUCAAGUGACAACACACUACUACUUUCUCACUUCUUUCAGAUCCGACCGGCCAUCCAUCCUCCAAACCCUAAUUUUGCUCCUCCUCCUCUUCCUAUCCUAAGCAGCAACAGCAAACAUUCACUCUGUUAGGAUUCAGUGAUACCAGAUGGCAGAGGUAGAUAUUCAAAAUCCACCGCUUGGAGAAACAACUUGCGGAUCUUUACUUCAUCAGUUGCAAAAAAUUUGGGAUGAAGUUGGUGAAAGCGAUGAGGAAAGGGAUAAGAUGCUUCUUCAGAUAGAUCAAGAAUGUUUAGAUGUGUACAAGAGGAAAGUUGACCAGGCUGCAAAGUCACGAUCACAUCUUCUUCAGGCAUUGGCAGAUGCUAAACAUGAACUCUCUACUCUUCUUGCAUCACUGGGGGAGAAAACGUUUGAUGGAAUUCCUGAGAAGACUUCGGGCACUAUCAAGGAGCAACUUGCUGCUAUUGCACCAACACUUGAACUGUUGUGGAAGCAGAAAGAUGAAAGGAUAAAGGAGUUCUCAGAUGUGCAGACACAGAUACAAAAAAUAUGUGGAGAAAUUGCAGGAAACAAUGACUGCACAACAAAGCAAGUUGUUGAUGUGUCUGAUUUAUCCUUAAAAAAGUUGGAUGAAUUCCAUGAUCAGCUGCAAGAACUUCAAAAAGAAAAAAGUGAUCGACUGCACAAGGUUCUUGAGUUAGUGAGCACCGUGCAUGAUCUUUGUGCUGUCCUCGGGAUUGACUUUUAUAGUACGGUUACAGAGGUUCAUCCGAGUCUGAACGAUGCAACUGGUGUACAGUCAAAAAGCAUUAGCAACGACACACUAGCUAGGCUGGCAAAGACUGUUGUAGCUUUAAAAGAAGAUAAGAAGCAAAGAUUGCAGAAGCUUCAAGAAUUAGCAACCCAGUUAACUGAUCUUUGGAAUUUAAUGGAUACAUCUGAGGAAGAACAGGGUUUUUUUGAUCACGUUACUUGUAACAUAUCGGCGUCAGUGGAUGAAGUGAAUGUCCCAGGGGCACUUGCUCUGGAUUUGAUUGAACAGGCCGAGAUGGAAGUGGAAAGGCUUGAUCGGCUUAAGUCUAGCCGAAUGAAAGAGAUUGCAUUUAAGAGGCAAGGCGAGCUUGAAGAAAUUUUUGCACGCGCACACGUAGAGAUUGACACACAGGCUGCUAGGGAGAAAAUUUUGGCUCUGAUUGAUUCUGGAAAUGUGGAACCUUCUGAGUUGCUUGCUGACAUGGAUAAUCAAAUUGUAAAAGCCAAAGAAGAGGCUCUCAGUAGAAAAGAUAUCUUGGAUAAGGUUGAGAAGUGGAUGUCAGCUUGUGAAGAAGAGAGUUGGCUUGAGGAUUACAAUCGGGAUGACAACAGGUACAAUGCAAGCAGAGGUGCACACCUGAAUUUGAAACGAGCUGAAAAGGCCAGAAUAUUGGUAAACAAAAUUCCAGCUCUUGUUGACACCUUGGUUGCCAAGACCCGGGCAUGGGAAGAGGACCAUGAAUUGACUUUCGUGUAUGACGGGGUUCCAUUACUUGCCAUGCUAGAUGAAUAUGCAAUGCUCAGGCAAGAAAGGGAAGAAGAGAAACGAAGGUUAAAGGAUCAGAAGAAAAUAAUUGAGCAGCCAAGUACAGAGCAUGAAACCGCAUUUGGUUCAAGAUCAAGCCCUGCUCGACCCCUUAGUAAUACAAAGAAAGUGGUGGGCCCACGUGCGAAUGGAACUCCAAACAGGCGGUUAUCUCUGAAUCAAAAUGGAAGUAGGUCAGGGAAGAGGGACAGCAUGAAGUCUGUUUCUCCGUCAAACUUUGCAAAAGAGGAUGCUGCGUCACGUGUAUCUGGCACAGAGCCUGCUCCCAGUACUCCUUAGGCUGUGAGUAGUUGAAUAAAAGUGAAAUAUUUGAGGCUUCCUGUUAUUAUAUAACCGGUUGAUAGAGAGAUGUGUUAUCUUUGAACAAUUAGUGAACUCGGUUUAGCUUGUUCCUUCUUAGUUUGUACCAGUAUCCAUUAGCUACACUUAUCUAACCACUUAUUUUUAAUCAAACAGUUCUAGUUUAUCUUAA